AUGGAUAUGGACAGGGACCCAAGGCGUUCAGUACCUCCACCUGAGUCUAUUGUGCUCCUCUGGUUUUUCCAACUCAUUGGCCAGUUUCUGGCUCCUCCAAAUCCUUCCAGCAUCUCCUUAGUGUUGGAUCUUGCUAUUGAUUUCUCUUGUCCUAGUUGCAAGAACCUGCAGAAAGAUGAUGAAGAAAUUGAUGAAGGAAACGUAAACAACGUGGUUGACGGACUGUACCGUACCUUNGGUAUUUGGGCACGCUCUAACAUCGGUAAAGCAUUUGAAUCAGGCAACUUUUCGGUACCUGGACCCGUACUUCUCCCGGGCACAAGCAUCGAAUUACCACACAUUAUAGUCGCUGAUGAGGCUUUUCAGUUAAAACCGUAUAUUAUGCGCCCAUACCCCGGUCAGGAAUUAGACAAUCCAAAAAGGAUAUUCAAUUAUCGCCUGAGCCGUGCCAGAAGGGUUUCGGAAAAUGGGUUUGGAAUCUUGGUUCAAAAAUUCAGAUUAUACAACAGACGGAUUCAGUCAUUACCUGCAAAUGUGGACAACAUAAUAUUGAGUACCUGCGUUUUACACAAUUUCAUACGAAAGUAUGAAAGGUACGAGGGUACACCAGUCAUCAGUGGAGAAACUUCUAGCAACGAGUACAGGCCAGUCAACUCAGCACUAAGGAACUUGUCUCACAAAGGCGGAAAUGCCACUAAACACGCCUUUCAAAUUAGAGAUGCAUUUAAAGAUUAUUUUGCUUCAGAAGCAGGAUCAGUUCCUUGGCAAAAUCAAGCUAUUAGUGGCCGAGAUCAAUGAUUUUGUUAAUGACGUUUACCACGUCCUUACUUGAAAGUUGGUUAAUUGUUUGUAGGUAUUUAUUAUGUAGUAGGUUUUUUAUUAUGUAUUUACUAUUUCGUCUUUCGUAAUUUACUAUUCGUAAUUAUUUUGUAUUUUGUAAUAAUAAAGUAAAUUUUGUAAGAUAAUAAAUUUAUAAACUCACCAUCGACAUUAAUUUUGAGACCAAUUUCCUGCCAAAUUCUUCCUUUCCAAUCGGCAUUUAGGUAUUUGGGGUCCUUCAAAUCGUAAAGCACUGGCCGUUCCCGAACCAACUCGAUGAGAAGCUCGUCGUUCAUAUUAAAAAAAAUGAGGUACACACAGAAAAUACAAAAGUGAAUAGAGCAAACUCGUUUAAAAAAUACGGACGUGAAAACUGAAAAUAUCGGCGAGGACGUAUUUCUUAUUUUCACGGUGGACGCCGGAAGGGCACUGAGAGUGUCGGAGAGCCACGUUGUCGUUCAUGUUUGAACACGCACCGUAUUUCUUCCUUAGUUUACAAAGAAUUUUCGUCAGCCGAUUUUUUUUUUUCACUGAAAGUCACGUGACGGUACGUUACGUCCCGUCACGGCACGGAUAUGUGUGGA